AGCUCACGGGGAGAGGAAGGGCGGAGAGAGGCCGGGGGGGGGGGGGGGUGGAGCCUGGUGCCCAGAGGGGGCGUGGGGAUGCUGUUGUCUUAGCAAAGAGGAGCCGGAUAGCUCUGAGCGGGGCGCGCGGCGGUGUCCUCGGCAGCCGGAGGCGGAGGCGGAAGCAGAGCCUGGAGCGCUUGGGAAGAGGGGGCUGAAACCGAUCCGGUGCAGUGGCAGAGCCCGGGUUUUGCCAUGGCAGCAAAGGGGAAAUCAGGAGCUGUGGCCAAAGGUACCGGCUUCUGGCACUCACCCCAACCCAGCUACACCCCAGAAACCUGUCAGCUGCUGAAAGUGAUGAUGGAGGAAUCCAGACUCACCAACUUCCAGCAGCGGCAGCUCAUGGAUUCAGUGAAAAGAGGCGAUGCCCUACCCUCUCACUGCAACCCAGCAUCCAGCCAGAAGCCAACACCCAAGCGAGUCAACAGCUUUUGUCUCCCGCCUAUCUUGGCCCCAAGACCCCACCUCCGUCCUGCUGAAGUCUGCCAGGCCAGCGAGGCCUACGCUCGAGAGCAGUUCAAGCCAAGGCCUUGUCGAGACAUAGAGAAGGAGAAAGAGCGGCUCCAAGACAUAUUUGCCAACGGGAAGGAAGGCACUGAGAAGAAGAAAAGAAAGCAGUCUGUUCGGCAGGCCGAGCCUCUGCCCUCGGAUCCAGAGCCAGAUAGAUUUGAAGAAUUGGUGAAGGAAGUCCGUGAGAGGCAAGAGUUCCUGGCGGAGAUGCAGGCCCUCGGACAAGGCAAGCAGUACCGAGGAAUCAUCCUUACUGAGAUCUCACAGAAACUUCGGGAGAUGGAGGAUAUCGACCAAAAGAGAAACGAGGAGCUUCAGAAGGCGCUGCCCAAAGCCUCUCCUUAAGGAACUGACCCCAUCCCCAGGGCAGUAACGGCAGCCCAGAUGCCAGUCAUCAUCAACUUGCCCCUUUGAAGCUGAGGUUCUGCGUUGGUCACCUUGCCUGCUGCGUCCUCCAAACAUGCAACUGGUGAGGGCAGAGAUCCCCUCUUGUUGGAGAGGCCCCACUCCCCAAUGGCUGGCCAGAGCCCAAGACAUUGCCCAGCCCAAACCCACCACUGCCUGUGGGGGAGGAGACCGUGGUGGCAGGGAGGUCUCAUCCCAUUGGCCCUAUGCUAUAGAGAAGCUUAGUAGGCCCAUUCUUCCUGCCGGAAGCUUGGGAACCAACUCCUUUGUCUCCCCUACUUCAGGCCCUACAUCUGACAUCUACAAGCUGUGGGCUGGGGUCACUGUAGCCACAAGAGUGGAAGACCAAUAAAACUGUCUUGGUCUGAG